GAGCUCAGAUACAAAAGGAUAAACUGAGCUUCCAGAGAGAGAAAAGCUGCAGAAGGGAUUAACUGGGCAGCCCCACCUGCUUCUUGCAUGCACAUUGCUGGGUGAGCUUUGCUAUGAGUGCCAGGUCACUUCUUUUGUUUAUGGCACUGAGCAUUGGGGUCAAGGCUCUAUAUGGGAAUGGAGAUGAUCUAUGGGAAAGGUUUUCACGUCUUCCCUAUCCAGAGGAUAAUUUGUUUCUCUAUGACACUUUCCCCCAGGACUUUAUGUGGUCUGUGGGGACAGCAGCUUACCAGGUGGAGGGAGGCUGGCAGCAAGAUGGCAAAGCACCUUCCAUCUGGGAUACCUUCUCCCAUAAAGAUAAGCAUGGACGGGCCACUGGAGAUGUAGCAAGCAACAGUUACAACAACCUUUUCCUGGAUACAGAAGCUCUUGAAACUUUAGGAGUCACAAAUUACAGAUUUUCUCUUUCUUGGUCGAGAUUGUUCCCAAAUGGCACAGAAUCAGGUCCCAACGAGGCAGGACUUGCCUAUUAUAGAAGGCUUCUUGACAGGUUGAAGGAACUCAGUAUAGAACCUAUAGUAACGCUGUAUCACUGGGAUCUUCCACAAAGGCUUCAAGAUAAAUAUAAAGGGUGGCUCAAUGAAUCUAUGGUGGAUAUUUUCAAAAAUUACGCAGAGUACUGUUUUAGACUUUUUGGAGAUGAUGUGAAGUAUUGGAUAACUAUAGACAAUCCUUAUCUGGUGGCUUGGCAUGGCUAUGCCACUGGCUGCCUGCCCCCUGGCAUCAGAGGUGAGAAGCUAUUUGGAUAUAUGUCUGGGCACAAUCUCAUAAAGGCACACGCUGCAGUUUGGCAUCUCUAUAAUGACCAGUUUCGCUCAGCGCAGGGAGGACAAGUUUCCAUAGCUCUUGCUUCACACUGGAUAGAACCCGUUACCAUGACAGAUCGUGAUAUACAACAAUGUCACAAGUCUUUGGAUUUCGUAUUGGGCUGGUUUGCAAAACCAAUUUUUAUAGAUGGGGAUUACCCUCAGUCUAUGAAGAGCAAUCUUUCCUUUAUUUUACCUGAUUUUACAGAACAAGAAAAAAGAUAUAUUAAAGGGACAGCUGACUUUUUUGCUCUCUCUUUUGGACCCAACCUUAGUUUUCAAAUGUUGGACCCAGAUAUGAAAUUUCGACAAAAUGAAUCUCUUGACCUUCGGAAAAUCCUUUAUUGGAUAAACAUGGAAUAUAAUAAACCAAAGAUAUUUAUAGUUGAGAACAGCUGGUUUGUCUCCGGCAAUACAGAGAUGGAGGAUGCAAAAUAUAUGUUUUACCUAAAGAAGUUUGUCAUGGAAACUUUAAAAGCAAUUAAAAAAGAUCAUGUUAAUGUUAUUGGAUACACUGCCUGGUCCCUUGUAGAUGGCUUUGAGUGGCUUCGAGAAUACCGCAUAAGACGAGGUUUGUUUUAUGUUAAUUUUAUGAACCCGAACAGAAAAAGGAUGCCUAAAUCUUCAGCAUUCUUUUAUCAACAACUUAUAAAAAAGAAUGGAUUUCCACCACUGCCGGAAAAUCAACCACUGCAAGGAACAUUUCCUUGUAACUUUGCUUGGGGAAUCUCUGCAUUCUCAGUACAGAUUGACACCACACCUUCGCAGUUUAAUGAUCCUAGUGUGUAUGUAUGGGACAUGAAUAAAACAAAAGGGCUUACAAAAGUGAAUGGAAUUAAAGUGCCAAAAAGGAAAACGCAUUGUGUUGAUUUUGCGAUAAUAAGACAUCAGAUAUCUGUUUUGAGGGAGACACAAAUCUCCCACUUUUAUUUCUCUUUAAGAUGGUCUUUAAUCCUUCCUCAGGGUAACCUGACUCAAGUCAAUACCAAAAUUUUACAUUAUUACCAGUGCUUUGUAAGUGAACUUUCAAGGGUCAAUAUUACACCCGUUGUUGCUCUGUGGCAACCUAGUUCUCUCCAUCAAGGGUUGCCCUUGAAGUUAGCGAAAAAUGGUGGGUGGGAGAACUAUGCUACAGUUCUUGCCUUUGUUGAAUAUUCAAAACUCUGUUUUAAAGAACUUGGAAAUUAUGUUGGAAUGUGGAUAACAAUGAAUGAACCCUAUGUCCGAAAUCUCACCCAGAAUGCAGGUCAUAACCUGCUUAAGGCUCAUGCGCUAACCUGGCAUACGUAUGAUAAAGAAUUUAGAAGAUCCCAAAGAGGCAAAAUAUCUAUAGCUCUCCAAGCUGAUUGGGUGGAACCAGCAACACCUUUUUCACAAAAUGACAAAGAAACUAGCAAGAGGACUUUAGAAUUUGAUAUUGGUCGGCUUGCUGAUCCAAUAUUUCUCAGUGGCGAUUAUCCACAAGUGAUGCGGGAUUGGCUGACACAAAGAAACAGUUUAGAUUUAUUUGAUUUUCAUGUACCUUCAUUCACAGAUGAAGAAAAAAAUAUGAUCCGAGGAACCUUUGAUUUUUUUGCUUUGAGCCACUAUACAACCCAACUGGUGCAAUGGGAAAAAGAAGAUAGUGCUAGAUAUGAUCACUAUCUUGGAGCGCAAUUGAUCACAGACAGUACAUGGAUACAUUCGCAGAAUAGAUUCCCUGUUGUUCCCUGGGGACUCAGGAAAGUUUUAAACUGGAUACAAUAUAAGUAUGGGGAUGUCCCAAUUUAUAUUCUAGCAAAUGGCAUUGAUGAGGGCCAGAAUCAAGUGGAAGAUAAGUUAAGAGUAUAUUACAUGGAGAACUACAUCAAUGAAGCUUUAAAAGCAAUUAUAUUGGAUGGAGUGAAUCUACGUGGAUAUUUUGCUUAUGCUUUUAACGACAAGACUGAUCCAAGAUAUGGGCUCUAUGCCUAUGUGGCAAACCAGUAUGAGCCCAAGAUGUCAUUGGAAAGCUUUAGAAGACUCAUAGAUAAUAAUGGCUGGCCACACCCUGAUAUACCUAUCAGCCAGUGCCCUGAAGAACUUCUCAUAUGUUCAGAUUGUCAUUUUUUCCAGACAAGGAAAUAUUUACUCGCUUUUGUGGCCUUUAUAUGUUUUGUUUUUAUUGUCUCAGUUUUUAUGAUCAUGUACUAUUCAAAAAAGGGCAAAAGAAGAUAUAAAUAAUGAAGUAGCGCUUACUAAAAGGUGGAACAGAUAUUUUGCACAAUCAUAUAGAAACAAAAAGGCCUUUACUGACAGAAGGGCUAGUGACACAUUGGUUUUUAAUCCAGCACUGGGCCCUGUUUUGCACUGUUUGAUACUGUGAACCAUUGUAUAGAAGAGUACUCUUGUUGUGAUGCAAUAGUUUGCUUUGUAGAGAUCUAUUUUAUAUCCUAUAUUGUAUUGUUUAGGACUUUUUCUAGAUAAUAAUCGUGCACUGAUACUAAAGAGAUUCACAAUUUAAUGAAUCAAAUGACAAAUACUCAGGACAAAGUAGAACUUGCACACAAAGACAGAUUUAGUUAAUAUUAGGUAAAAUAAGUGAUUGCAGAAUGAAUCAGAUCUAUAAAAUAAAUGUAUAUUCUUAAUAUAUGUAUAUAAAUAGAGUGUUUCUAUUAUAUAGGAGGGAGUGACAACUGGUAAUAAUAUCUCAUAAAAGUAAAAUUGUAUCUUAAAAUAAACACAUAUUUUGUUUU